UCCACUUGUUUCAGUACUCAGUUUUUUGCAAUCAUCGGGACAGUUUAUUGAAAUUAUUUGAGUGUAAAUGUGAAAUCGAACCACGUGCUAAGAGUGACAUCUGUGGAGAAGAUAAUUGAAAAAACUGCAUUUCAUUUGUUAAGCCAAAAAUUUGGGAUUUCAAGAAAUGAACAACGACAUGCCUGUUUCAGCUUUCAACCGCGUGAACGGUAGCAACGGGUCAUCUCUUUGGACACCGACCUCCGCUUCUUCUUCCGUACAUACGCCUUUCAUCUUGGCUCCGCCUCCGGCUGGAACAGCUUCGCACGGCCAUCAUCAGCAGCACAAUAACAACAGUGCGACUAGUACAACCACUAACAACGGCACUAGCACUGGCUCUCCUAUGAAAGUGCCCGUUAAACCACCGCCUCUGAAAUCCCUUCCGCCGUUGUCUGGAUACGGUGGCGGACCGACCGUUCCGCUCUCUCCUUCCGGCCUGGCAGCUAGCAUGGCGGAUCGUCUUCCACAUUUGACGUUGCCGUUUAGCCCGGAUAUUCUCUGGCGUUAUCCGACCCAAUUUUCAGCUCUGACGUCGUCGUCACCCGCCUCUGGCGGAGGCAAUUCAUCCUCGGCUGGACACCACCACUCUCACCACUCGCAACAACCUUCUUCACCUCAUCUCGAUGUCAAAACUCAUUUGCCUGGUGCUCUAGGUCCCGAUCCCCGCACUUGGGGCCGCGAAGAUGUCCUCACCUUCCUGCGCUGGUGCGAACGUGAAUUUGACCUGCCCGGUCUCGAUCUCGAUAAAUUCCAGAUGAACGGUAAAGCGUUGUGUUUACUAAAUAAAUCCGACAUUGCCGAGCGAGCGCCAGGAUCUGGAGACGUGGUGCAUAAUGCGUUGCAGUUGCUUUUACGUGACGCUCCCUACACCGGCCGAGUGCCCAGCAGCCCGUUGACUCCUCAUCCCCACACGGCUCAUCAACAGCAUUUGCUUUCGCACGCCCUUGCCGCCGCCGCUGCUCACCACCAUCAGCAACAGCAGCAGCAACAACAGCAACAGAAUUCCUCGUCUUCCGGCGCGAAUUCUAGCGGCAAUAAUGGCGGAGGCAGCCAUUUGCUCUCGCCACCCAAUUCCGCCCGAACGCCGACGUCAGCCUCUGGAUGGCCUUCGGCUAAUCAGCUGUUCUCUUCGGCCGAUUUCCACAGCCUGGGCCACUUGAUCCAGCAGACCAACUCGGUGACACUCAGCCCAGCGCCGUCCGUCUCGGACGGUAGUGGUAACAGCCAGGGAGGUAGUCCGUCUCACGCGGAACAAUCUGCCGCUGCGGCCGCCGCAGCCGCCGCUCUUGCCGCUCAGGCUCACAUCAACUUCUACACGCAAGCUCUUGCCCAGGCGCACAACCAGGCUCAAGCGGCGGCCAAUAGCGCUCAGGCUGGAUCCAAUUCCGGCUCGCAGUCUGAUUCGGAAGAGAACGACAGCGUUCAGGACAACAGCCCGUCUCGAUCACCGGCUCCGUCGACACCGAUCCACCUGGUGCCGCCGCCCAUGUCUCCUCUUGCCACCACCUUCAGCUCAGCCGCGUCGUCCAAAUCGAUGGAUAAAGACCCGCUGGCCACAACUCCGCUUUCUGACCGAGGAGGAGGAGGCGAUGGAUUGGAUUCCGGAUCGAAUGGUCGACUACUUUGGGAUUUCCUUCAACAGCUGCUCAAUGAUCCGUCGCAGCGCUACUCGCACUACAUCGCCUGGAAGAACCGAGAAACGGGCGUUUUCAAGAUUACCGACCCUGCCGGACUUGCCCGUCUCUGGGGCAUUCAGAAGAAUCACCCGUCCAUGAAUUAUGACAAGAUGUCGCGAGCCUUGCGCUAUUAUUACCGCGUCAAUAUCUUGCGUAAAGUGCAAGGGGAGCGUCAUUGCUACCAAUUUUUGCGGAAUCCCAUUGAAUUGAAGAGCAUCAAAAACAUUUCGUUGCUUCGCCACCAGAUGGCAGCUGCGGCGGCUGCGGCCGCUACGACGACUACUACCUCCAGCGCUACGACGGCGACGGGCUCUUCGGGCUCGUCGUCCACAACGUCCAGCGGUAAGAUGGCCGACAGCACGGACGCUUCUUUGGAACGUUACUCUCCAUCGAGCAGUUGCAAUGCUCCCGAUCAGGAUUUCGACGCCGAACCGAGGACGUCUCGCUUCGCCAGCAACAACAACAACGAACAGGAUCCCGAGGACAACGACUGCGACAUGCCCACCGACUUGAGCAUGGACAGCUGUGAACGACGCGGUCUCAACGGUACCAAUCCGUACCUAACGACCAUCAAAACAGAAAACAUGGCGUCGUGAUCACGUUCUAAAAGGCUGUAGGAAAACUAGCGUGUGCAAUCACAGUGCCUUAACUCGAGACGGCCAGCGAAGCAACAAAAGACCUUCGUUUAAAAAAUAAUUUACCAUUUAUGAUAUUCCAAAAGGUUUGGGAGAGACCCCUCAGGAGAAAAAGGCGUCUAUGUUUCAUUUGUUUGAAGAAGAAAAAGAAAGAAAUCAUCAGAUUUUCGAGGAUUUAUUGAGUUCAGCAUUUUGACCAACGACGUGCCAGUGGCGUGAGUAGGUUUUCAUUACGAAGAUCGACUUUCGUUUCAUCCAUUCGUUUAAAAACAUCUUCAAAGUAAAAU